GUUCGUAAUGAAAGGAGCGCGUGAGCAGCGCUUGCUGUGACUUCCUCGCUCAUCGGCAGCUACAUUGUGUGGAAAGCAGCACGUUGUUGGCUUCUGCACGCUGAACUUUACGCCGAAUUAACGUUCUCCUGUUCAAGGAGAAACCAGAUUCAGAGCUACCAGCUAUUCUAUCAGACGCCUGUAAGUUAUCCCAGCUUGCGAAAAGAUGUCGGCCUCGGCGGCAAAAGUGAGUAAAAAGGAGCUGAACUCGAACCAUGACGGAGCGGACGAAACCUCCGAGAAAGAGCAGCAGGAAGCUAUUGAACACAUUGAUGAAGUUCAAAAUGAAAUUGACAGGUUGAACGAACAAGCCAGUGAGGAGAUCCUCAAAGUAGAACAGAAAUACAACAAACUCCGUCAGCCAUUCUUUCAGAAGAGGUCAGAACUGAUCGCCAAAAUCCCCAAUUUCUGGGUCACCACGUUUGUCAACCAUCCACAAGUAUCUGCCCUACUCGGAGAGGAAGAUGAAGAAGCACUUCAUUACCUGAGCCGAGUGGAAGUGACAGAGUUUGAAGACAUCAAGUCAGGCUACAGAAUAGAUUUUUAUUUCGAUGAAAAUCCGUACUUCGAAAACAAAGUACUUUCCAAAGAGUUCCAUUUGAACGAGAGCGGAGACCCAUCUUCGAAGUCGACAGAAAUCAAAUGGAAAUCAGGAAAGGACCUGACCAAGCGUUCCAGCCAGACACAGAACAAAGCAGGAAGGAAGAGGCAACAUGAAGAGCCAGAGAGCUUCUUCACUUGGUUCACUGAUCACGCUGACGCCGGUGCCGAUGAGCUCGGGGAGGUCAUCAAGGACGACAUCUGGCCAAACCCUCUGCAGUACUACCUGGUUCCUGACAUGGAUGACGAAGAGGGUGAAGGUGAGGAUGAUGAAGAGGACGAGGAGGGUCUGGAGGACAUAGAUGAGGAGGGAGAUGAAGAUGGAGAGGAUGAUGAAGAGGACGACGGAGAAGAUGGAGAGGAUGACGAGGGAGAAGACGACUAAGAAUUAACAUAAUCUACCCAGACCCUCAACCUUCUAUUCCCUGUUUGGUUUUUCCACUCACAUUUGGGAGCAAAGGUUUUAAUUUUAUUUUUUUUUACUUUUUAUUUUUUAUUUUAAAUCGGUGUGUGCUUCAUUUUCCAUUCUGAGGCCUCUUCACUUGUUGGUGCCAUGUUAUGUUCUCCUUUGACUCAUCUUAGGCCAAUGGCACUUUGCCCUGAAUUUUGAGUACCAUCGUCAAAGUCAUCUCAAAAAUAACUUUAAAAAGUGUAAAAAUAGAAUCAGCACGGCAUCCUGAAUAGAAUCUGAAGGCAAUUCACACAGAAUUCCUCCUGUUAAAGGUUGUGUGGUAAAUUGACUAAAGCCAUGGUGUAGUGACCCAGCGCUAGUUUACCUCUCAAUAUUUUGUCCCCAUAUUUUUUUAUUUUAUUUUUUUUCCUUUUCCAGUUGGGGUGUUGAUCCCUUGAAGAAAACUGUCAUGUUCCCCCUAUGUGGUUAACGAGUACCAGCUCAUUCCUUUGACUUGUAAUGUUUAGGGGGAGGGGGGCGGGGUAAGCUGGGGAGGGGCAGUUGGUUAUUGGGGAGAGUGGUUAUUUUGACACCAUUUCUAUGGGACUUUUUUUUUUUUCAUUGUAUUGUUUUACAGAUAUCCAUUGAGAUUUGAAAUGACAUUUUUAAUAAAGAACAAAAUGGAGAAAAAACAAGCUUGUAAAUGUUGGCCCCCACUGCUUCAUGAGUAAAACAAACCUGUUAUCUCAUUCACAUUUAAUCACACUUUCCUUUUCCGCUGGGGGAAAAAGAAACUGUUUUAAAUUUGAGGUGUAAAACUUGCUUUGUUACGAUAAUAAAACUUACUGUGUUUA